GACCUCCCCGCCACGCGCCACGCCGGGGACACGCACUCGCUCACGCACAGAGACUUCGACAGCCGCUCCUGGGACAGAGGAGAGCCUCUCACGGUGACCACAAUGGAGAACACAGGACGACGCUCCCUCUCGCUCCUGCGCGCCCUGGUGGUGGUCCUCGCCGCCCAGCUCGCCACUGCGCAAGACCCCGCCGCCGCUCUGGUGCCCUCCGAGGUCAAGCGCGCCGACUGGUCCUCCAUGAGAGGGGCCUGGGGCAAACGAGGCGACCUAAGCGAAGUGGAACUGGAGGACGCCGACGAGAAACGCGCAGGCUGGGACAAAUUCCAAGGUUCUUGGGGCAAGAGGGGAGACGACCUCGCUGAGGCCGACCUGCAGGAUGCAGAAGCCAAACGUGCUGACUGGAACAAAUUCCAAGGGUCUUGGGGAAAGCGCGGGGGAGAAGGACUGGAUCUCGAACUACAGGGUGCUGGGAAUAAGCGGGCUGACUGGAACAAGUUUCAAGGAUCUUGGGGCAAACGGGAAGAUGAUCUUUCCGAAACUGAGCUGGCGGAAGAAAAACGGGCGGACUGGAACAGAUUCCAGGGGUCUUGGGGCAAACGGGGCGGAUGGAGCCAACUUCAGGGAUCCUGGGGCAAACGCGAUAUGCCGGCCGCUCUCCUCGAGGAGCUGGAAAAGCGAGCCGACUGGUCCAGUCUCCAGGGCACGUGGGGCAAAGCGAGGCUGGAAGAGCCUGCAGGGCGCCUGGGGCAAGCGCUCCGACGCCCUCGAGGAUGAGUUCGCCGCCGCCGGGGGUCCAGUGGCCGAGCGCGAGGGGGACGAGACGCACCUCGCCUACACGCCCGCCGCGCUCGCUCGUCUCGUGGCCGGAGCUCCCCAGAAGCGAGGCUGGCUCCUGUGGGGCAAGAGGCCCGACACGCCCCGC